AUGGCGGAAGUCGACGACGUGGAGGUUGUUGUUACGGUUGCGGAUGAAGAGGCUGAGCAGUCAAAUUCUUCAGGAGCAGUGCUGCUCAUCACGCAGGAUGAUUUUAAUCGGUUAAUCGUACAGCGAAAUCACGCCUGUACCAGGAUAAACAAAAUUAUUGAAAACAUCUCGGCGUUCCAACACGAUACUCUGUCGUUGGAAACAAGGCGCGAGAUGCUCAAGAACUGUUACCAGAAUUAUGAUCAACAUCAAACAGCACUGGAACAAAUUGUACCCGACGAAGCAAAUAACCGAGACGAACUGGAAAUCAAAUACAUAUCGGGACUUAGCGAAUUCGAAAGGAUCAUAAGAAGCAAGAAAACCAAUGACACGGCAACUGCGAGCCAUGAUACCGUGCGCUUGCCAACUAUAAACUUACCGGUCUUUUCGGGAUCCGGUGAAAGUUGGUUAGAGUGGUUCGAUAAAUUUAACGCUCUAAUUCAUCUGCGCACCACAUUAGCCACAAUUCAGAAGUUCGAAUACUUGAAACUCUCGUUGCGUGGAUCAGCACUGGGAUUGAUUGAUUCACUGCCCACAACGGAAGCAAAUUACGAGGUUGCAUAUGACAUGCUGGUGCGACGCUACAACAACCCUAAGCUACUCAUCCAAAAACAUACUCGAGAUCUGUUCGAACUCAAGGCAGUUGACGUGGAAUCAGCUGAUGGACUGAGACAUCUGUUCGAUGGAGCACGAAAACACAUGCGCUGUCUUCAAAUUUUGAAACAACCGGUGGAGUCGUGGGAUACGAUCUUGAUUCAUCUGAUGACCAAUAAACUGGACCCAGCCACCCGUCGUGAGUGGGAAGCUGUCUCUUCAGGAACAGUACCUGCAUCGUACAGCAUGCUGGAAAAUUUCGUCACGGACCGCUGUCAAAUGCUAGAAGCUAUACCUUCAAAGAAAAGAUCUUAUGUGGAAAGCACUAUUCCUGCGAAAAGGGUUAAAUUGGAAGGACGGGCACUGACAGUCACAAAACCAUCGCAAUUAUGCGCAGCUUGCAGAGGGGAACACUUUCUUGGAGGCUGUAAUCGGUAUCGUGCAAAAUCUAUCGACGAAAAGCUGAAGAUGAUCAAGCGUUUCGCACUGUGCUACAAUUGCCUCAAGUCAAACCAUACUACAGAUAAAUGUCGAAGCGGAGGCUGCUUCAAAUGUGAUGGGAAGCAUCAUACAUCCAUCCACCGAGAGAAGAAAGAAAGUUUCUAUUACAAUGACAACCCACCAGAUAAGCAUCAUCAAGAGAAAAAACAAAUAACGCAGACUUAUCCAUCGACACAAGCAUCCAUCCUCCCUACGGCUAUAGUAUUGGUUCACAGUCUUGACCGUGCCCCAAUAUUGGGUCGAGUCUUAUUAGACUCAGGCUCACAGUUCAACUUCGCUACGAAAUCGCUGAUGAACCGUUUAGGAGUACCAACUCAGACGACCAAAGUUAACGUGUAUGGCAUUGGACAAUGCAAACAGCCAGUUCACGAAAGAGGUUGGAUUUCUAUCGAAUCACGCGUGUCCGAUUACCAUAGGACAAUACCAGUGCUAGUAUCGGACAAUGUAAUCGGGAGCAUUCCCUCGAAGGAUUUGAACACAGACAACUGGAAUCUUUCAGACGUAAAUUUAGCGGAUCCUGAUUUCCAUUUAAGUAGCCCAGUUGACAUACUAUUGGGAGUUUCGAUCGUAUUUGACAUCAUUCGAAGUGGCAACAAAGACAUUGGUGAAGAACUACCGCGUAUUCAAAAUACGGCACUUGGGUGGGUAAUUGGCGGUGGUAGGGCAUACAUAAAGGCAAACACCGAAGUAUCAAUGGUAAUCAGUGGAACCAAGAACAGUUUCGUUCCUAUUGAGUGGACUGAAGAGAAAUCAUUGUGCGAGCAAUUGUUCGUAGAUACCACCACACGCACAGAAGACGGCCGUUUUAUAGUGCGACUGCCACGAAAACCCAACUCUGAUCAACUGGGUGAUUCUAAAACCUUGGCUCUGGGACAAUUCUUGAAGCUAGAAAAAAGGUUUGAAGUGGAUCCUUUGCUACAUCAACAAUAUAGCACUUUUAUUUCUGAAUAUUUAGAACUAGGUCACAUGUCCAAGGUAAACGAAAAGGACUUAGACGGACUGAAUGGCCCUGUGUUUUAUAGUCCUCAUCACCCAGUAUUCAGACCUGAGAGCGCUACCACAAAAUUAAGGGUAGUUUUCAAUGCAUCUGCAGCUUCUUCUAGUGGUCUAUCACUGAAUGACGUUCUAAUGACUGGACCCACGAUUCAGCAGGACACCUUCAACAUUCUGCUCAGAUUCCGGUUUCCCAAAUACGUGUUGAUUGCGGAUCUCGAAAAAAUGUUUCGACAAAUUCUGGUCCACGAAACAGAUUGUCAGUUACAGUACAUUCCGUGGCGAUUCUCUAGCGAAGAAGCCGUAUCCACAUACCGGCUCAACACUGUAACAUAUGGUACAUGUUCGGCACCAUACGUUGCAGCGCGAUGCUUAAAACAAGUAGCAAUUGAAUCUAAAGCUAGGUUUCCGCAAGCUAGUAGUGUGAUUGAAACAGACUUUUAUAUGGACGACAUGGUGACAGGUCUCGACGAUCUAGACGAACUAAUUGAACUUAAAGAAGAAAUUACAGCGAUACUAAACGACGCUGGGUUCAAACUUCACAAAUGGAAUUCAAACUCAUCUGCGUUAGUACCCGAUGAUAGGAAAAAAGAUGAGGUAAAGAUUCUAGGUCUACGAUGGAACUCUAAGGUGGAUGUUUUUGGGUUUCAAAGUGAACUUCAAAUGCACACUAAGAUCACAAAACGUAACGUGUUGUCAGAUAUUCAAAAGAUCUAUGACCCACUCGGAAUGCUCAGCCCACUUGUCGUGCAUGCGGACAAAAAAGUGGUCUUCGAAACAACCGGACUUAUUGCUUGGACAACUGUGUCUAGUAAAAGACGACGCGUUACCAGCGAAUACUUGGAUUACGGGACGAGUGAUCAAACUUCAUCCUGGACCGGACAAGCACAUUCGUGUAGCUACUCUGAUUACGGCAAAAGGUGA